AUGAGGAACGAAUUGAUGGAUACGAUUCCGAAGGCUCUUUUAUAUACAGAAAAAAAGAAGAAAACGAGUUCUUCCAGCGAAGAAGAGUCCGAAGCCUCGGACGCUACUGAUGAGCGCAUAUUGGAAUAUCCACAACCACCAAAACGCUCCAGACAACUCCAGGCAGUAAAAGAUAAUAGUCAAGACAUAGUUUUGGAAAACCAAUCUAGCUCUGGUAUCCAAAAAUUGGACCAAAUUGAGGCACCAGUAUCUUCUUUGAGGGCGUUGCGGGAGUUACAAUCACAAACACCAACGACUUCGGUGUCACGAUGUUCUACACCCCAAUAUACUGUUAACGCUGAUGAAGAUUUUAAAUCUAAGUUAUUUAAGGAGUUGUCCUUUAUAAAGGUACAUUUAAUCAAAGUUAGCCAACGACUUUCGGCAUUGGAGGAAAAUCUCAAUAGUUCAUCCAAAACAGAAGCUGAUGACGAUCACAUAAAUAAUGAUUUUGAGGAGAUAAUCAAAAAUCAGUUCCCAUUACAAUUGGAAGCAGAUUUACAAAAUAUGGAAAGGCAAUUAACAGAGAAUCCUGAUUUAAAAAAAUUUAUGGUCAGUUAUUGUAGUAGCUUUGGUGGACAUAAAGUCGAUGAGGUUACUAAAAUUAUUUUGAAAAAAUUACUAUCAAAUAAAUUAGCUGGCAACUACAGUUGGUUGGGAGCGAAAAAGAAAAUGUCAUUCAGUGGAUUACAGAUAGCAGAAGUUAUUUUAUCUGCUGUAAAACGAAAUAAAUCUUUGGUUGGUGCUACAGAAAAAGAUGUGAUUGAUUCAAUUAAGAAUUGGUUAAGACAUGCUGCUGCAAGAUAUUCAAAUCAAUGGUAUGUUAUUGUUGCAUGUAUGUUUAUUUAUCAGGAAAAAUUUUUUUCUAAUUACAGCAAGAAGAAUCAGAAUCAAGAAAUACAAUGAAGUGUAUAAGUUACAGAUUCGUAAAAUAAAGAUUGCUA